CGUUGAGGCAUUACCAGGCCGGGAAGCAUGGCAGACCACCACGACCUCCCAUUUAAAGCCGAAUAUGCAAAAAGUAAUCGUGCAUCAUGCAAAAAAUGCAAAGAACUCAUUUCCAAAGACACUCUGCGAUUGGCAGUAAUGGUUCAGUCUCCACAUUUUGAUGGAAAGAUUCCAAACUGGUUUCACUACAAGUGUUUUUGGACAAAAGCCAAAGUUCUUGCUGCCCAUGAUAUACAUGGUUUUGAUGCACUGAGAUGGGAUGAUCAGAAGAAGAUCAAAGACCACAUAGAAGGUGGUGGUGGUGGUGAUGCAGCCCCAAAAGGCGGCAGCACUGCAGGGGACGAUGCUGCAUAUAAAGAUUUUUGUGUGGAGUAUGCCAAGUCAAACAGGAGCAAGUGUCGCGGAUGUGAGGAAAAGAUUGAGAAGGAUGCAGUGAGGAUCUCCAUGAAGGAGUAUGAGAGUGAACGUGCUAAGAUGUAUGGGCCUCAGGACAGAUGGCAUCAUGUGGACUGUUUUGUUGAGAACAGAGAUGAGCUGCAGUUUUCAUCUGACAUGAACCCAGACAAAAUCCCUGGAUACAAAAGCUUGAAGAAAGAAGAUAAGGAGAUGGUGAAAGAGAAACUUGGAGCAGGGAGCAGUGGGAAGAAACGGAAGGGUGAUAAGAAGAAGGAAGUACCAAACAAAAAGGCAAAGAAAGAGGAAACAGAAGAAGAAAAGGCAUUGAAGGAACAAAGUGAAAUGAUCUGGAAGAUAAGAGAUAAUUUACAGAAGGCAGUUUCCAAUGUGGCUUUAAAGGGACUCUUAGAUUAUAAUGAUCAACAGAUUCCCUCUGGAGAGAGCAAGCUUCUGGACAAUGUAGCAGAUUGUAUGGCAUUUGGAGCUCUGAAGAACUGUCCAGAAUGUAAAGAAGGACAGUUGGUUUACAGCAGUGAUGGCUACAAGUGCACAGGAAACCUGAGUGCUUGGACCAAGUGUAUGUAUGUCACCAAAAACCCUGCCAGGAAAGCCUUCAAAAUUCCAACAGAGUACCAUGAUGUAGAAUUCCUUAAGAAGUACAAGUAUGUGAAGAAAGAGAGAGUCUGGCCAAAGGUCAGCGUGGUCACCACAGAGGGUCCUAUCAGCUCAUCAGGGGUUGCUCUUGGGACUGAUAAGCCACUCCACAACAUGAAAUUUGUCAUCAUUGGUCGCACAAAGAUGUCUAAAGAUGCCAUAACUAAAGCUGUGAAUGCCAUGGGAGGGAUGAUAGUCUCAAAGUUAGACAAAACUGUGGCUGCCUGCAUCAGUAGUGAAGCUGAAGUGCAGAAAAACUCCAAGAAAAUUCAAGAAGCUAAAUCUGCAGAUGUGCAUGUUGUUUCUGAGGAUUUCCUGGAGGCUGCUAAGAAAGGGGGAGCAGUGCUGAUGAUCAAGGAAAAGUCAAUUUGUGAUUGGGGAUCAGAUCCAGCAGCAAGACUUGGGGAUGUUGUUGAUGGUCCAGUGAAGAGUGGAGGCAAGAGUGCUUAUGAAAAAUAUAAAACAAAGGAUUCUGUGUACACAAAGAAAGUCCCAGACAAGAUGAAAAUGAUGGUGAAAGGAGGAGCAGCAGUAGAUCCCGAUACUGUGAUUUUUUACAAGUCAACAAGCAUUCAACAUCGGAAUUUUGAUUUAUUCAAGAGAGAGUUGGAAGAAGAAGAAAUUAAAGAAUUUGAGAAAAGGGCAGGAACAAGUUCAAAACUUCCCAAAGAAGUCCAAGAUUUGAUCAAGAUGAUUUUUAAUGUUGAAAGCAUGAAAAAAGCCAUGUUAGAGUUUGAGAUUGAUCUGAAAAAGAUGCCUCUAGGGAAAUUGUCAAAAAAGCAAAUUGAGCAAGCUUACAAGGUGUUGACUGAACUUCAGCAGUUGGCAGAAAAUAAUGGCACUCCAGGUCAAUUUUUGGAUGCAUCAAACCGGUUUUACACACUUAUUCCACAUGACUUUGGCAUGCGAAAGCCACCACUUCUGGACACAUCUGAAGUUAUCAAGAAAAAAAUAGAAAUGUUGGAUAACUUGCUGGAGAUUGAGGUUGCUUACAACCUGCUGAAAAGUGGAGCAAGCGAGGACAAGGACCCUGUGGAUGCACACUAUGAACAACUCAAAUGCAAAAUGGAGGUGGUUGAGAAGGAAAGCGAUGAGUUCAAGCUUUUGCAGGAUUACACCAAAAAUACCCAUGCUGCAACACACAACAUGUAUGACUUGGAAGUUAUGGAGGUUUUCAAGGUUGCCCGUGAGGGAGAGUAUGCCCGAUACAAACCAUUCCGUGACCUGCACAACAAAAUGUUGCUAUGGCAUGGCUCCCGUGUCACCAAUUUUGCUGGUAUUUUGUCUCAAGGCUUGAGAAUUGCCCCUCCAGAGGCACCAGUGACUGGCUACAUGUUUGGGAAGGGUAUCUACUUCGCUGACAUGGUCUCAAAGAGUGCCAAUUACUGUAGAACAAGCAAAUCUGAGCCCCAUGGCAUCCUGCUACUGUGUGAGGUCGCUCUAGGGAAUAUGCAUGAGUGCAGAGGAGCAGAAUACAUAACCAAACUACCAAAAGGCAAACAUAGCACAAAGGGCCUUGGUAUGACAAUGCCUGAUCCUAAAGAUGACUAUAAGACACCGGAGGACGUUAUUAUCCCCAAGGGGAAGGGUAUAUCGGCACCUGUUGGCCAAACCAGCCUACUCUAUAAUGAAUUCAUCGUAUAUGAUGUGGCUCAGGUCAACAUUAAGUACCUACUGAAGAUGAACUUCAAGUACAAGUGGUGAAGACAUCUCGCACCUAGAUUUAAAAGGAGCUGAAUUUCAAAACUGAGAUGUGAACUUUUCUUGAUGUGAAGUUAAAUGCAGUUUGCGUACUUACUAGUUCUUUAGUGCAUUUUGUUUUUUUAUGAUAAUCCAGAACAAAUUAAAUUUACACCUUUAGAUUAUUAACAACAACCAAAAUAGCUUCAGGUAGACGAAAAAAAAGUUAUUGUUCACUAUACCAGUUCUGACGUACAGUGUAACUCCUUUUAUUCCAACUUGUCAGUCUUUGAUGAUGAGGUAUUCGCAGUUCUACAUAUCACCUCCAGCAAAAGAUUAACAUUUGUUCCUUUAGAUAUGGUGACAACUUGUGCUUUUUGUCAGAAUUGUUGACAAAUUUAGUACUUUCCUGAAAAACUCUUAGUCUUAAAAGGCUUGUUAGUUUACCUCAUUCCUUAAUGAUGCAGGUUUGAUAUUUUUAUGCAUGCUUUGAAAGUCCAUUCGAUUUUCAGAAAAUAUUUUUCUUUGAGUUCCAUUAUUUUAUUUCAUGGAUAUGAAUAAUAUUGGUGUACAGAGAAACUAUUCCUCUUUUUUAUCCUUUUCAGUUUCAAUGCACCCUGGUUUGCAGAGGACGCUGGAACCCCCCACCCUCCACCCCCAUCCCUCUCUGCUAACAGCAAAACAGAAAGCAAGGGUUUCCAACGUCCUCUGAAACCCAGGGUAGUUGCACUGUAAACGAGAUUUUCAUGCAAUAGGCCAGUAGUACAGGUGUAUGCUCUAGGUUACUGCGUGUCAUUUGCUUGACACUGUCAAUUGAGUCAAAAUAAAA